GGAAUAAAAAAAACGAAAAUAAAGUCCGACGAAAACAUCAUUUCGGAUCGGAUUAGACUUUUACUCAACGACGCUCACGUCUCUGCGUGUUCACUCCACGCAUUCUCGGGUGUUUUUGCGCGCGCAAAAACAAAACAAAACAUUGGAGCGGGGUUUUCCGCGUAAAUCACGUCAAUUGUGUGGCAAAAAGUUCGGCGUGCGGCUUUAAAGGCUGCGGCCCCGCCCAUGCGCGCUAUCACAUGAACGUGCGAGUGGACGCGCACACGCAAAAGUUUGCGGCUGAGAUUUUGUCCCGACGACGUCCGUCCCGAGUGGAUUCUUUUUUUUCCCUUCUCCGUCGGACGCGAGUUCGGAUUCCUCGGUGGCGUGGAGAGAGGAAGACGGCGGGCAGACAAGUCUGCGUGGAGUUGCAAUUUCAAGUCGGCCGAAGCGAAGGUUGUUAACCGCGGGGGCCCACAUGGACGCCCGCCGCGGCGCUCCCCCGGCCGGCCAGCAGGUGGUGCAUGUGCGCGGGGACUCCCAGACGGAGCUGGAGGCCCUCUUCAGCGCCGUCAUGAACCCCAGCAAGGCCGCCCAGCAGCCCGCCUCCCUGCCCAUGAGGAUGCGGAAGCUGCCGGACUCCUUCUUCCGCCAGCCGGACCCCCGGACGCACUCCAGACAAGCCAGCUCGGACGGAGGAGCGUGCGCCUCCCUCACGCCUCACCACGUCCGCGCCCAUUCCUCGCCGGCCUCGCUGCCCGUCAACAUGCCCGACGCGGCGGCGGCGGUGGUGGCGGCGGCGGCGGCCCCGCCCAUCAUACCCGACGACAUGCCCCUCCCCCACGGCUGGGAGAUGGCCAAGACGCCGACUGGCCAGCGCUACUUCCUCAACCACCUGGACAAGACCACCACCUGGCACGACCCCCGGCUGGCUCAGCUGCAGUCGGCCGCCCCGCCACACCCAGGCCCCGCCCCCGUCCACGCCCACUCCCUCAGCCACCCGGCGACUGUCUCCACGCCGCAAAGCAUCAAUCUGGACGCAGCCCAGAAGAUGAACCAGAGCCUCCUCAGCCUGGCCCUGCAGCAACGUCAGGACAAGGAAAGACUCCAACGAUGCAAGCAACAAAUGCAGGACACGGGCGGAAGGAACCAGAUGGUGGGAGGUAUUGAUCAUGACAGAAAUUCCCUUGUCCCGUCCGUGGAUGUCAGGAUCCGAGCGCCGCAACACGAACCCACGCUCAACGGAGCUCACUCUCGCAACGAGAGCACCGACAGCGGCCUGAGUGUCAGCAGCCUGCCGCGCACCGCCGACCGCAUGCUGAGCUCCGUGGACCACAUGGACACUGGUGAACCUGGCGAGCCGUCCCCCCUGACCUUACAGGACACGUUGCCCGCCAUGACCGAGGGCGAGGAGCUGAUGCCUUGCAUCCCAGAGGGUCUUAGUUCAGACCUCCUGAUGGACAUGGAGACGGUCCUGUCCGGGUCUCACAUGGACAGGGACAGCCUGCUCACCUGGCUAUAGACCCCACCCGCGCACAGACCCGCCUGCCCGGCUCGUCUUAGAGAACCCUUGUCGGGAACUUCUAUGGAUUUUGAGACGCUAGACCCGGAUGACUCACCUGAAAUAACCCUGCCGCAGGUGGUAAGCUGCUAGAAUUCUCCUUGUUUUUUUUCUUCCUGGGAGCUCCUUUUUGAAGCGUUUUCAGGACUUUCUGGUAAUCGUCACCCAGCAGGUGGCGCUGCUUCACUUUAAUGCACAUUUUCAUGGUAACUUAGAAACGCGAGCUACGUUCCAAGAUAAGGACAAAUUGAAGGUGGUCACAUGUUACAAGCGAGCCUAAAAACAGUAUUAUUACUGGAGUAUUACAAACGUCAAAAACAAGUCCAGUGCCCCCCCAAAAAAAGCUAGCGUGUUUUCCCAAGUGUGCUGAAAUUGAAGUGAAGGUAAAAAAAAAAAAAAAAAAAGCUUUAUUUUUUAUUGGUUUUAUGCAUUUUACCAAGAAAAAGAUGUUCAUUAUUGGGGAUUGCGGUGGUGUGGAAGUGUACUGCAUCGUACUUUUUACUGUUUUCAUUAGGGGUGCACGGAAAAAAAAUCAGUUUGCAUCUGAAUCGCGAUUCUUAUUCAACCCGGUUCUAAGUCGAUUCAUAACUCUUAAAAAAAAAAAAAAAAAAGAUAAUUUUAAUUAUUUUUUUAAUAAAAAUCCAUUUUUAGGCCAUCUCCGAGCAACCAGAAGGAGCUUUUUCUAUUAUUGCACCCAGAAAUGCGAGAAUCGGUUCUAAUCGAGAAUCUGAAUCGAAUCGGAACCGGGUUGAAUCGUUAGGCGUCCAAAGAGUCACACCCCUAGUUUCACUCUUGUCCGAAUGUUAGAAACACAACUUGGACACGACUUCGAGGUAAAAUAAUACAUAUAUUUGUGAAGAAUUUGAUGGAAGUUGUGUUGUUUUGAUUGCAUUUUCUUAUUGUGUGGUUUUUAUCGGUAACACAAGAACCCGAGACAAUGUUUUAUAUUCUUGCCGUGUUACAAAAAUCGAAUAUUAGCAGGAUUUUUUUUUUUUUAGCUUUUGAUUGGAAUUGAUUGACACUUCUGCAAUUUGUUUUGUACAACUGCCGCAAUGCACUGAGUUGUGUAACGUUAGUGAACCGCAACUUAUUCUUCCUCCGGCUAUUAAGUUGAUAGCCCGGGCUUUUAGCUCGAUAGUCAGCGCGCUUGCCUCUCGCGCCAAAGCAGUAAGAGGAAAAAACGCAAUACAACCGAGUGAGAGAGUGGUGCCGUGACCCGGAUUGACUUCAAGAACAAGGCUGGCCUCUCGUGCCAGCGACCUGGGUUCAGAGCAGUAGAAAAAAAACACAACACAACACAGCCGUGAGAGAAAGGGGGAGUACACACGGGCUGCAGUGGUGCCGUGACCCGGAUUGACUUAGCCCGGGCUUUUAGCUCGAUAGUCAGCACGCUCGCCUCUCUUGCCAGCGACCUGGGUUCAGAGCAGUAGGAAAGAAACAGGACACAGCCGAGAGAGAGGGGGAGUACACGCUGACUGCAGUGGUGCCGUGACCCGGAUUGACUUAAGUUUAUAGCCCGGGCUUUUAGCUCGUUGGUCAGCACGCUCGCCUCUCGUGCUGUCGACCUGGGUUAAGAGCAGUAAGAGAAAAAACGCAAUACAACUGAUAGAGAGAGAGUGAGAGAGAGAGUACACAGUCGCUACAGUGGUGCCGUGACCCGGACUGACUUCAAGAGCAAGGCUGGCUAUUGAGUUUAUAGUCCGGGCUUUUAGCUCGUUAGUCAGCACGCUCGCCUCUCGUGCCGGCGACCUGGGUUCAGAGCAGUAGAAAAAAAACACAACACAACACAGCCGUGAGAGAAAGGGGGAGUACACACGGGCUGCAGUGGUGCCGUGACCCGGAUUGACUUAGCCCGGGCUUUUAGCUCGAUAGUCAGCACGCUCGCCUCUCUUGCCAGCCGACCUGGGUUCAGAGCAGUAGGAAAGAAGCAGGACACAGCCGAGAGAGAGGGGCAGUACACGCGGACUGCAGUGGUGCCGUGACCCGGAUUGACUUCAAGUUUAAAGCCUGGGCUUUUAGCUCGUUAGUCAGCAUGCUCGCCUCUCGUGCCGGCGACCUGGGUUAAGAGCAGUAAGAGAAAAAAGGCAAUACAACUGAGAGAGAGAGAGAGAGAGAGAGAGUACACAGUCGCUACAGUGGUGCCGUGACCCGGACUGACUUCAAGAGCAAGGCUGGCUAUUGAGUUUAUAGCCCGGGCUUUUAGCUCGUUAGUCAGCACGCUCGCCUCUCGUGCCGGCGACCUGGGUUAAGAGCAGUAAGAGAAAAAAACGCAAUACAACCGAGAGAGAGAGAGAGUACACAGUCGCUGCAGUGGUGCCGUGACCCGGAUUGACUUCAAGAGCAAGGCUGGCUAUUGAGUUUAUAGCCCGGGCUUUUAGCUCGUUAGUCAGCACGCUCUCCUCUCGUGCCAGUGACCUGGGUUCAGAGCAGUAGAAAAAAAACACAACACAACACAGCCGAGAGAGAAAGGGGGGAGUACACACGUGCUGCAGUGGUGCCGUGACCCGGAUUGACUUACCCUGAUAUAUUUUAGCUCGUUAGUCAGCGCGCUCGCCUCUCGUGCCAAAGCAGUAAGAGAAAAAACCGCAAUACAACCGAGCGAGAGAGUGGUGCCGUGACCCGGAUUGACUUCAAGUUUAAAGCCCGGGCUUUUAGCUCGUUAGUCAGCAUGCUCGCUUCUCGUGCCGGCGACCUGGGUUAAGAGCAGUAAGAGAAAAAACGCAAUACAACUGAGAGAGAGAGAGAGAGAGAGAGAGUACACAGUCGCUACAGUGGUGCCGUGACCCGGACUGACUUCAAGAGCAAGGCUGGCUAUUGAGUUUAUAGCCCGGGCUUUUAGCUCGUUAGUCAGCACGCUCGCCUCUCGUGCCGGCGACCUGGGUUAAGAGCAGUAAGAGAAAAAAACGCAAUACAACCGAGAGAGAGAGAGAGAGUACACAGUCGCUGCAGUGGUGCCGUGACCCGGAUUGACUUCAAGAGCAAGGCUGGCUAUUGAGUUUAUAGCCCGGGCUUUUAGCUCGUUAGUCAGCACGCUCGCCUCUCGUGCCAGUGACCUGGGUUCAGAGCAGUAGAAAAAAACCACAACACAACACAGCCGUGAGAGAAAGGGGGAGUACACACGGGCUGCAGUGGUGCCGUGACCCGGAUUGACUUACCCUGAUAUAUUUUAGCUCGUUAGUCAGCGCGCUCGCCUCUCGUGCCAAAGCAGUAAGAGAAAAAACCGCAAUACAACCGAGCGAGAGAGUGGUGCCGUGACCCGGAUUGACUUCAAGUUUAAAGCCCGGGCUUUUAGCUCGUUAGUCAGCAUGCUCGCCUCUCGUGCCGGCGACCUGGGUUAAGAGCAGUAAGAGAAAAAAGGCAAUACAACUGAGAGAGAGAGAGAGAGAGAGAGUACACAGUCGCUACAGUGGUGCCGUGACCCGGACUGACUUCAAGAGCAAGGCUGGCUAUUGAGUUUAUAGCCCGGGCUUUUAGCUCGUUAGUCAGCACGCUCGCCUCUCGUGCCGGCGACCUGGGUUAAGAGCAGUAAGAGAAAAAAACGCAAUACAACCGAGAGAGAGAGAGAGUACACAGUCGCUGCAGUGGUGCCGUGACCCGGAUUGACUUCAAGAGCAAGGCUGGCUAUUGAGUUUAUAGCCCGGGCUUUUAGCUCGUUAGUCAGCACGCUCGCCUCUCGUGCCAGUGACCUGGGUUCAGAGCAGUAGAAAAAAACCACAACACAACACAGCCGUGAGAGAAAGGGGGAGUACACACGGGCUGCAGUGGUGCCGUGACCCGGAUUGACUUACCCUGAUAUAUUUUAGCUCGUUAGUCAGCGCGCUCGCCUCUCGUGCCAAAGCAGUAAGAGAAAAAACUGCAAUACAACCGAGCGAGAGAGUGGUGCCGUGACCCGGAUUGACUUCAGGUUUAAAGCCCGGGCUUUUAGCUCGUUAGUCAGCAUGCUCGCUUCUCGUGCCGGUGACCUGGGUUAAGAGCAGUAAGAGAAAAAACGCAAUACAACUGAGAGAGAGAGAGAGAGAGAGAGAGAGUACACAGUCGCUACAGUGGUGCUGUGACCCGGACUGACUUCAAGAGCAAGGCUGGCUAUUGAGUUUAUAGCCCGGGCUUUUAGCUCGUUAGUCAGCACGCUCGCCUCUCGUGCCGGCGACCUGGUUUAAGAGCAGUAAGAGAAAAAAACGCAAUACAACCGAGAGAGAGAGAGAGUACACAGUCGCUGCAGUGGUGCCGUGACCCGGAUUGACUUCAAGAGCAAGGCUGGCUAUUGAGUUUAUAGCCCGGGCUUUUAGCUCGUUAGUCAGCACGCUCGCCUCUCGUGCCAGUGACCUGGGUUAAGAGCAGUAAGAGAAAAAAACGCAAUACAACCGAGAGAGAGAGAGAGAGAGUACACAGUCGCUGCAGUGGUGCCGUGACCCGGAUUGACUUAGCCCGGGCUUUUAGCUCGAUAGUCAGCACGCUCGCCUCUCUUGCCAGCGACCUGGGUUCAGAGCAGUAGGAAAGAAACAGGACACAGCCGAGAGAGAGGGGGAGUACACGCGGACUGCAGUGGUGCCGUGACCCGGAUUGACUUAAGUUUAUAGCCCGGGCUUUUAGCUCGUUGGUCAGCACGCUCGCCUCUCGUGCUGUCGACCUGGGUUAAGAGCAGUAAGAGAAAAAACGCAAUACAACUGAUAGAGAGAGAGAGAGUACACAGUCGCUACAGUGGUGCCGUGACCCGGACUGACUUCAAGAGCAAGGCUGGCUAUUGAGUUUAUAGCCCGGGCUUUUAGCUCGUUAGUCAGCACGCUCGCCUCUCGUGCCGGCGACCUGGGUUAAGAGCAGUAAGAGAAAAAAACGCAAUACAACCGAGAGAGAGAGAGAGUACACAGUCGCUGCAGUGGUGCCGUGACCCGGAUUGACUUCAAGAGCAAGGCUGGCUAUUGAGUUUAUAGCCCGGGCUUUUAGCUCGUUAGUCAGCACGCUCGCCUCUCGUGCCAGUGACCUGGGUUCAGAGCAGUAGAAAAAAAACACAACACAACACAGCCGAGAGAGAAAGGGGGAGUACACACGUGCUGCAGUGGUGCCGUGACCCGGAUUGACUUACCCUGAUAUAUUUUAGCUCGUUAGUCAGCGCGCUCGCCUCUCGUGCCAAAGCAGUAAGAGAAAAAAACGCAAUACAACCGA